AUGCUCACGUUAUUUUUUAAGUCUAUUGGAGCUUUAAAUGCUUCAAUCAAUUCAGAAAUAUAUGAAUCUGAUAAUUUAACUAGCAUGAUACGUGAUAAUAAUCUUACAUAUUCAAAUAUUUCAACAUUAAAGAUUUUAUCUGGAAAUUUUGACAUAACAGAAUUCAAUUCCAAAGAUUUCUCUAAUCUUGUAGAGUUUAGUGUAGAAUCAGAAUGUUUUUCCGGCGAAAUUCCAUAUGGUCUCUUCCUAAAUCAUCAAACAAUCAAAGUUAUUAACAUAUCAGGUGCCACAUCUUCUAAUGAAUACUCAUUUGCCAACUGCCAGAGCCUAGAAGAAGUUUAUUUACAAAGUUGUGUUUCAAUUGGUCAAUACUGUCUUUCUAACAAUGCUGCUCUCGUCACUAUAUACCUUCCAAGUCUUACAACCAUAUCUCCAUUUGCUUUUUACGAUUGUUCUUCCCUGAAAGAAUUAAAUUUGCCAAACUUAGAAACACAGUUGACAACAAACUCAGAGGGAUAUGAAGUCGGCAACUACUUCUCGUUCUGUACGAAACUUAAAAAUAUAUCUCUUCCGAAGAUAAAAGUGAUAAAUGGCUUGACAUUUCACAGAUGUCAAUUGUUGGAGUACGUCUAUGCUCCAGAUGUCGAAUUGAUUAAAAGAGAAGCAUUUUUAGAGGCUGGUCCCCUUUCAAAAACCGAAUUUAAUUCGGUAUCUACACUUGAAGAGCGUUCUUUCUAUACAACAACGGCAACAGUCCUCAGUUUCCCUAAAGUUACAUCCAUUGGAGAUAGAUCUUUCGGAAUUAGCAACAUUCAAAAAAUUUAUUUAGAAAAGUGCGAAACAAUUGGUGUUUCUUCGUUCGAAAGAUGCGUACAUCUAUCAGAGAUAUCAUGUCCUGCUGUAAAAGUCAUCAAAUCCUCAGCUUUUACAAAUACCCGUCUUAUUAACGUUGUUUUCCCUCAACUUACAUAUUUAUCUGUCGAUGGAGACACAGGAAGUCAGUUCGAAGGUUGCCACUUCCUUCAAAUCUUCUCUGCUCCCUUGUUAAAAGAAUUUGGUUCAAAUUCUUUCAAAAACUGCAUUUCCUUGGAAUCAUUUGACGCACAAUCGGUUGUAGAGAUAGGAAACAAUGCGUUCUACAACUGUCAGCACAUUUCCAAGUUGAAAUUCCCAAAUCUUGAAAAAAUUGGAAUUUUUUCUUUCGCAAAUUGCUCUCAAAUCGAGAAUAUAAGUUUCAAUUCACUCACAGAAAUGAAGGAAUCCGCUUUUGAGAGCUGUAAAUCAUUGAAAAAUGUUGAAUUCGAAAAUCUCAAAAUUAUUUCAACAUUUUCAUUCAGAAACUGUGUUUUAUUAGAAUCAGUAGAUGCCAAAUCAGUUGAAGAGAUUGGCGACAGUGCGUUUUUCAAUUGCCAGCAUCUAUUUAAGUUGAAAUUUUCAAAUCUCCAAAAAAUUGGAGUUUCUUCCUUCGAAAACUGCUCUCAAAUAGAGGCAAUCAGCAUCCCUACAUGCAUAGAAAUGAAGGAAUCAGCAUUUGAGAACUGUAAAUCACUCAAAACUGCUGAAUUUAAUAAUCUCAACUUAAUUCCAGCAUUUUCAUUCAGAAACUGCGACAAAUUAUCAAAAAUAAGCUUUGAUAUGGCCAAAUCUGUUGCCAAUUGUUCAUUUUAUGGCUGUUCUGCCCUUCAAACCAUUAAUUUCCCAAAUCUUCUCGCAAUUUCGGGUUCAUCCUUCGAAAACUGCCAUAAUUUGGCCAGAGCAACUCUUCCUUUAGUCACAGUCAUCUCAGAAUUCGCUUUUAAGUCCACAAAUCUCACAAUAAUUAAUUUUCCAAAAUUAUCUAAACUUUAUAGCGAAUCCUUCAUGAACUGCAAGCAGCUAACUAAAGUAAACCUCACGGGACUAACAGAACUCGUCGGAGAUUCCCAUUUUUCAGGUUGUUCUGAAUCAAAAAUUUUUGUUUUGAGUAAUUUACAAAAUGUUUCAGAAACAUCAUUAAACAUCUUCGACGGCUGUGUUAACAUGGACGAGCUCUAUCUCGGGGACAAGCCUCCUAAAGAAUUCAAUGAAGAAGUGUUCAAAAAUUUCAGCAAAUCCAUAAAAUUGCAUUUGCCAAAUUCAGAUUCAUGGAAAAACUAUGUUUCCAGGUGCAAACUGAGUAAGGAACAGGAGUAUAUAUACAAGGGAAUUAAGAUGAACCACUACAAACUGUCCAAUCACAUUAUUCCGAUUCUGAUUGCUGUUGGAGCUGUUUUGUUACUAACUAUUUGGAUUGUUUCUUGCUGGUUAAAGAGAGCUUUGGACAAACAGGAACCAGUCGACAAAUUCAGCGAAUUACUCAACUCAAUGGAUCCUUCUGCACCUCUUCUUUAG